AAAAGAAACUGCCCAAACCUGCCGCCCAGAAGCUUUUUUGGCCCGCAGACAACAUGGUGCAGUCAACUGGAGGCUUGAGCACGUUCAACAUCCAACAUGGCUUCGUGGAAGCGCUCGUCCGUGGGUACCGCAGUGGGUUCCUUGACGAUGUCGAUUACCACCAUCUCACCCAGUGCGAGACCCUCGAAGACAUCAAGCUCAACUUGCAAGAAACGGACUAUGACCAGUUCCUGCAAGACGUGAGCGCCGGGGUAACCCCCACCGUGAUUCAAGCCGCCACGACCAAGAAGUUUGCGGACGAGUUCGUGUUUUUGCGCUCGCAAGCGAUGGAACCGUUGGGGGAGUUCUUGGACUACAUCACAUAUGAAUACAUGAUUGAAAACUUGAUGCUGUUGCUGAAAGGCACGAUCAACGGCCGCGACGUGAACGAGUUGAUCGCGCAGUUGCAUCCGCUGGGCAAGUUCGAAGACUCGAUCAUGCGCAGCAUUUGCACGUUCGAGAACAGCUCCAAGGGGUAUUCGGACCUGUACGAGUGCGUGCUCAUCGACACCCCCAUCGGCAAGUACUUCCAGCAGUUUUUGGCGGAAAACGCGGCCGAGAAUCGCCUCGGCGAAGCGUCGCAAGUGCGCAACAUCCUCGAGGAAGUGCAGAUGGAGAUCAUCAAGAACUCGAUGCUGAAGCUGUGGCUUGAAGACUUUUACACGUUUUGCCAAGAACUCGGCAGCGAAACCGCCAUCAUCAUGGGCGUGAUUCUGCGCGCGCGCGCCGACCGCAUCGCGAUCAACAUCACGCUCAACUCGUUCGGCACGCCAUUGAACGAACCGAGUCUGCGCAUCUCGGACCGCAAGCAGCUGUACCCGUCCAUCGGGGAGCUUUACCCCGCCGGCACGGAAGCGCUGUCGGAAGUCGGCGACGAGGCGUCGUUGGGGCUCGUGCUGGAACCGCAUCAGAUUUACCGCAAGAUUUGGGAGAUCCACCAAAGCGAAGGUGUGGACAACAAGUCGAUCGACGAUGCGUUCUACGAGCGCGACGUGAUGAUGUGCGAGCUGGCAUUCCAAAGCCAAAUGCACUUUGGCUGCUUCUACGCGUUCGUGAAGCUCAAGGAGCAGGAAGUGCGCAACUUGGUCUGGAUAUCCGAGUGCAUUGUGCAGAACCAGCGCGACGCCAUCCACAACUUCAUCCCCAUCUUCAGCCAAAAUGCCCCUUGGCGCGGCUUGGCCAAGGGCCCAGGCCAACACUAACGACAGUCUCCAAGGCAAACCACUGGAAUCGGAUUACGACGCCAGACACUAACACUUGAUGCAAAUUUGAGAUGUGUUAUGGAGUACUACUUACUAUACGUACGUACGUAGUAGGAAACUACUAAGCUUACUAGUAUUAAUACCGUAGUGGUACUACAUUAGUUAGUCC